AUGGGCUGCGGCGCCAGCACCAAGGUGACCCCGGGGGCGCCCGAGAGGGUCCCGGGCGGGCAGGAGCGCGAGGGCCGCGGCAGCUCCGGGGGCCCCGGGCCCGAGGCGGUGGCCGAGGCGGCUCGCAGGAUGCAGGUGGCCCGCUUCCGCGCCCACUUCCACCCCCGCGUCCUGGCCAGAUACGACAUCAAGGCUCUUAUUGGGACAGGCAAUUUCAGCAAGGUUGUCAGGGUGGAGCAGAAGACCACCAAGAAACCUUUUGCAAUAAAAGUGGUGGAAACCAGAGUGAGGGAAGGCCGAGAAGCGUGUGAUUCAGAGCUCACCAUCCUGAGGCGGGUGAGCCACCAGUACAUUGUUCAGCUCGUGGAGAUCUUUGAGGCCCAGGAUCGAGUUUACAUGGUGAUGGAGUUGGCUACUGGAGGAGAGCUCUUUGACCGACUCAUGACUCAGGGAUCUUUUACAGAGCACGAUGCUGUCAGAAUUCUCCAGAUGGUUGCUGAUGGUAUCAGGUAUCUGCAUGCAUUGCGAAUAACCCACAGGGACCUAAAACCUGAAAAUCUCUUAUAUUAUCAUCCGGGUGCCGAGUCAAAGAUUUUAAUCACAGAUUUUGGUUUGGCACAUUCUGGGAACAAAAGUGGAGACUGGACAAUGAAGACACUCUGUGGGACCCCAGAGUAUGUAGCCCCUGAGAUUUUGCUAAGGAAACCUUAUACCAGUGCAGUGGACAUGUGGGCUCUUGGUGUAAUCACGUAUGUUUUACUUAGUGGAGUCCUGCCUUUUGAUGAUGAAAGCCAUACAAGACUUUACAGGAAGAUUCUGAAAGGCAAAUAUAAUUAUACGGGAGAGCCUUGGCCAAAUAUUUCCCACUUGGCGAAGGACUUUAUAGACAAACUACUUAUUUUGGAGGCUAGUCAUCGCAUGUCAGCCGGGCAGGCCCUGGAUCAUCCCUGGGUGAUCACCAGGGCUGCAGGGUCUUCCAUGAAGAAUCUUCAGAGGGUCAUAUCCAGGAACCUCAUGCGGAGGGCAUCUCCCCACUCUCAGAGUCCUGGAUCUGCACAGUCUUCUAAGUCACGUUCUUAUCACAAAUCAAAGCAUAUGUGGAACAUGAGAAACUUAAGAGUAGAAGAAUCACAACUGUCUGCACUUUUGUGA